AUGGAAGCUAUUGCAAGUCGCAAACGAAUCAACCCCCCUAAAGACGCCGUCCCCAAUGCGCUCGCGGGCAAGGUAGCUCUAGUGACGGGCUCUUCGUCCGGCAUUGGAGCUGCCGUUAUUAGAGAACUCUCAGCCCGAGGGGCUUCGGUGGUCAUCAACUACGGUUGGCCCGAGUUGGAACGCGCCGCGCGCGAUCUUGGGGAAAGCCUGACGAGCCCUUGGAUUGCCGUGGAAGCAGACAUUUCGACCACGAGCGGCCCCUCUCAUCUUGUGCAAGCCGCCGUCGACCAAUUUGGGAAGAUCGACAUCAUCGUUAACAACGCAGCUAAAGCAACACUUGCUAAAGUAGAAGACACAACCGUCGACUUGUGGGAUGCGUCAAUAUCAACUAACGUGUCGGAUUAG